CCUGAACUCAGGAGUAAAAAAAAAAAAAAAAAAAAACUCUCCAAUAUUGCACAACACUUUAGCCAAGACUUGAGAAGUUAGCUUGCUAAACCAAAACAAAUGUACUGAACUUCCGCAUUUGGAUUAAUCACUUUCACAACCACAAAGAUACUGUUGCGCAGACCAUGAAGUGCGUUAAAGGCAGUGCUGCAUUUAAAGACACUUCCUUCCACCUGCUGGCUUGUGCCUGAAAUGUGAUGACCAAGGAGUCCUCAACAGCUCAUAAAGAAAGAUGGAUCGUAAUGAUGAGCGAAUCAAAAGAGCUUUAAGACGCCGUCCUUAUGUGUUGAAACCAGUGAGGGUGAACACCCCUGAUUCCGUGUUGUGGCCAACCGGCAAGGUGCACAGAAGGCCAAAGCCUUCUAAUUCAGUGCAGACCCCUCAGAUCCACAAAAGGCCUCCAAUCAUUGUGAGCUAUGGGCAGGACCAGACAUCUGGGGAUGGAUGGAGCAUCAAUCCAAAGCCUCUCAGCCAGUCUGGAAGGGUGACUCGGCUGAUAGAGAGAAAAUAUCAUGACGUGAUCUCAUCCUCCAGUUCUGAUGACUUUUCCAUCUACUCCUUCACUGACUGUGAAUCUGAGUGUGAUGAUGAGGAUCAUGAAAGGAGGACCCCAAAGCUGAAAGUUGAGAAUGGAAAGGUGACAAAGCUUGAUGUGAGGGAUAUGGAUGAGGAUGAUCUGUCUCUCCACUCCUUCGAUGAGUCAGACUUCCUGAGCCCAGGGAAGGUCUCAGGUCCUGUAUCUGUCAAGAAUGGCCUCUCUCCUCUUGUAACCUCAGCACACCGGACACUGGCUGAAGCCCUACGGGCCCUGCCCUCUGCUGUAGGCUCUCCCUACCCAGUAAAUGUUCCAAGGCCUCGGACUCCUCUCAACCCUGUCAUUAUCGCUCCGCCCCGAACAGAGAACUUCCCAUACCGCCACAGCCCUCGCCUAGCUCCCAUCACUAACCUGAGCGAGACCGCAGGAAGCUGCUCCAGGAAAUGGCUGGAGUGGCCCCACAGGUGA